AUGAUUUCCACGAACUGUUGGUUUCAGAAUUUAGAGGUGAAUGUGAGGGUCUAGUUUAAUCAUGGAAGUAUAUGGGGCAUGUGACCAAGAUAUAAUAUGAAUAAUAUGUACCUCAUUUUCGUCCUUCCCUUUGUUGUCAUAGUGGAAUUCAUUUAUCCAUGCCAUCGAGGAUUUGUAAGUUAGCAAGCUCCUGCUCUGAGUUUGCUUCCAUAUGAGAUUGGCGUACUCUGGGUGGUCAAUGAAAGGAUUUCUGUUGUGUUGGUACAGCCUGCAUACUCUUUCGUUCCUCAACUUCUCAGCUUUUGAUGGCGGGUCGAAUUCAUUCCACUUCAGCAACGUGGAGAGGAGUCCCAUUUCUCUGUUCUCUAUAAGAGAUUAUAGCAUUCAUAAGUCAGUAAACAGUUCAUCACGGACAAACACUUCAGAGUAG